AGCUAAGCGUGAGAGUGUAGUUGAAAUACAAGUAUUAAAAUGGCUAAGUUAAUUUUUGUGGUAAAGAAUUUAUGUUUAUUUAGUAUAUAAAUCACUUCAGUAUAUAGUCAAGUUUAUAGCAAAACGAAGAAUAUAUAACUUUGUAUCAUUCUGAAGCCGAAGUGUACAAUGGAUUUGACAACAUGUUUAGAACUAGCCUUGGAAGGAGAACGUCUCUGCAAGUCUGGAGAUUUUCGAGGUGGUGUAGCAUACUUUGAUGCUGCCAUUCAGGUUGGAACUGAUGAUCCAAAAACACUUAGUGCCAUCUAUAGCCAGCUGGGCAAUGCCCACUUCUACCUAGGAGAAUAUGGAAAGGCAAUGGAAUGCCAUAAGCUUGACCUUACAAUAGCAAGAGCUAUUGGUGAUCAGCUCGGAGAAGCAAAAGCAAGUGGUAACCUUGGAAACACACUAAAAGUAAUGGGGAAAUUUGAAGAAGCUGUUAUCUGCUGUAGGAGACAUCUAGAAAUUUCCAGAGAGUUAAAAGACAAGGUUGGUGAAGGUCGGGCUCUAUACAACCUUGGAAAUGUGUAUCAUGUUAAAGGUAAACACAUGGCUCGCUUAGGUCAGCAGGACCCAGGAGAGUUUCCUGAAGAGGUGAAGGUGUGCCUAGAAAAAGCAGUGGAGUACUAUGAACAAAAUAUGAUGCUAAUGAAAGAGCUAGGUGACAGAUCUGCACAAGGACGUGCCUGUGGAAACCUGGGAAAUACGUACUAUCUAUUAGGAAACUUUGCUCAAGCUGUUUCGUUUCAUCAAGAGAGGCUCAAUAUAGCAAGAGAAUUUGGAGACAAAGCAGCUGAACGCAGAGCCCACAGCAAUUUGGGUAAUGCACAUAUCUUUCUUGGAGAAUUUGAAACUGCAGCUGAACACUACAAGAAAACUUUGAGUCUUGCUGAAGAACUUGGAGACAGAGCUGUAGAAGCUCAGGCCUGUUACAGUUUAGGCAAUACCUACACUCUUCUUCGCGAUUAUCCCACUGCCAUUAAAUAUCAUCUUCGCCACUUACAGAUAGCCGAGGAGUUGAGGGAUAGAGUUGGUGAAGGUCGAGCAUGCUGGAGUCUUGGCAAUGCCUAUUCUGCCAUUGGUGAGAAUGAAAAGGCACUGCAGUAUGCUACAAGACAUUUAGAUAUUUCAAAACAGAUUGGAGACAAAGUAGGGCUUACCAGUGCACAGAUUGGAGUCCUUGAGUUACAGAAUAUUUUAGGUGUUCAUAAUCACUUAGAAGACAAGAAUACACAUGAAAAUAUAUAUGAGAACACAUCAGCAAAGACAAGAGUUUGUAGUGUUAGCAUAGAAAAUGUGGAUCUUCUAACAUCUGAUGAGGUUCAGAAUGCUGAAAAUAAAGAAAAUAUGGGUACAUGUGCAGAGACACCUGCAACCAAUUUCCUUCAUGAGGAGGGUCGUAGAUCUAGUCACGAUUCUUCUGAAUCAGAAGAAACCCAGAAGUCAUCUUCUAAAGAAAAGGUUGCGGGCAGCUCUUUUGAUGAGGAAUCCUUUUUUGACAUGCUUAGUCGGUUUCAGAGUAAGAGAAUGGAUGAUCAGCGAUGUUCCAAAACUCUCCUUGAGCAAAAUACAAGAAAUGGAACUUCUGUAGCACCAGUACCAUACUCAUCUGUGCAGUCAGAAAAUGAAGAUCAAGAAGGCCAAAAUAUAAGAGAAGAUCUCUUUGACCUGAUUGCGGGAAUGCAGAGUCGGAGAAUGGAUGAACAGAGAGCAAGCUUACCAACUCUCCCUGGGCUAGGAGUUUGUAGAAGUUUUAGUGCUAGGAACCACAUCAACAAUAAUAAUAACUCACUGGGCCAUCAUCAUCUUUUACACAGAAUGUCUGUAGAUACCGCAGCCUUGCCAGAUGAUGACUUCUUUGAUAUGUUGAUGAGGUGUCAAUCCACAAGAAUUGAAGAUCAAAGGAGCAGUAUGCCCAAUAUUGCAUCUCAACCUGCUAGGAUUUUGAGUUCAGGAACAGUUCCAAGUGAUUUACCAACACCUCAGCAUGCACCUACAGUACCAGAUGAUGAUUUUUUCAGUCUCAUCUUGCGCUUCCAGGCAGGACGUAUUGAUGACCAGAGAUCAGCACUUCCUUCUAAGUCCACCAGUGAAGUGGAUGCCAAUAAUAAAAGUAGCUGCAGCUCAUCCCGCUCAGGCAAUCUCCUGAAAUCCAGUCUUAGGCAUGGGCUCCGUGGUUCUCGUUCUUCCAAGACAGGGAAGCACUGAGGGCAAGCAUAUCUGCUGGGAGAGUAAGUCUGAGGUGAUUUAUCAUGUAUGCAGAACAGCCCUUGUUACAAGAAAAUAUAUGUUGUAGUGUUAUAUUAAAAAUAUAAUUAUGGCUGUACCUUGCUACACUCUCCUCUGAAUGUUGGUUUUUGUAACAGUGUUGUCCAGCAAUCCUAAAUGUAAAAAAAAAAAACAAUUUUUAGUUGAUACUUUGGAUAUAUUUUACUGUGUUCUUCAUCACAUUUCAAGGCUUGAAGACAUGAGUGAAAGGGGGGAAAGGAAUACACUAUACUGUAAAAAGGUAUUAUGUUUUUGGUUUUCUCGCAUUUUUGGUAAGAUACAGUAUGAAUCUAUUUUGUUACAGCCAUAUAGUAUGAGUACUGUGUAGGUGGCAGAGUGAAAAGUUGCUGUUUUUGAAGUAUCAGAACAAACAGAAGUAAAAAUGUGACGUAAAUGCAUGUAGAUAAUUACUUUGGGAGAGACUGAUUUGUUGGAAACUUUUUAUAUUUUAAUCAAAGAAUUCUUCCCUUUUUUUCAGUCCUGAACCGUUAGGAAGAUUGAAACAUAUUGGCAGAGAGUAAUAACUUGUCGUACAUCAUUUGGGAGUUAAGGAAAAUAGUGGUUGAAGGCUUGUUAUAUGUUAUUUAAAUAAAGAAAUCAUGCACAAAUUGUGCUUGAGUAUAUUCAAAAAUAUUGAUGUAAAGAAUUUUAAAUUCACUAAACAAGCCAAUUAGGUGAAAGGAUAUUCCUCUUAUUUUGAGGAUAAGCAUUUGUAGCGUAAGAUUUAACGUAAGUAUAUUCAUCGAAAGGAUUAAGAGGGUUGUGAAGUGUAACUCAUUCAACAGUAGUCUAAUUCAGUGUUAGCUUUGAAGCAAAGAUUUAUUUAUAAUUUGAUUUUCUGUUAAAAACCCGAGUGAUUUUGUUUGAUUCAACAUGUGAAAUGUUCAGAGAAAAUCUUAAUGAGCAUUAACUACUUGUUUUGUAAUAAUUAUGAAAUUGUUUAACAGAGGCUCAGUGUUUCUUAAAAAAUUCAAGCAACUAUACAGUGUGUGCUUGUGAUUAAAAGUAAUUGUUCUCUUGAGGAAACCUCUCUUUGUUAAUCGGGUAGAUUCAAGGUAAAGACAUGUAAAUUUCAAGAGCAUAUUAAAUGGUUGGAUUCACAAAAAAAGAUACAUUGUCACAAAUCCUGUUGAAUCAUUUCUUUACACUAAAUGUGUGGUUAAAAGAUAAUCUUGUUAUAUUAAUAUAUGUGCUAUUGUGUGUUGUAUAGACUUGUUUGUGAAAGGUUAACCGUAUAGUUUUAUUAAUAAAGUAUGUACGUUGGUUAAUGUAUAGCAUAUUAGUAUUAUUUGUCCAUCAUGUUAUAAAAUAUUUUUAAUCAAUGUAAAAUGUAGGAAAACUUGAAACCUAUAGAGCUCUCAGUAUCUUUGAUUAAAUUAUUUUGUGACCUUUCCAGAUUUUCCUAUUUCAAUGUUGUCAUUUUUUUCAUUCAAAAAAAAUAAAAAUAAAUAAACUGCAGGUGUAU